CAUCAGUACUGAGUUUCUGGCACUUAUGAAAAAAGUAUCCAAAUCUCCCCUUGUGAUGGAUGUUCUUAACAUUCAAGGUGUACAAAAGUCACUGGAGAGAUUAGCAGACUUGCUUGGAAAGAUCCAGAAAACAUUGGGAGAAUAUCUGGAGAGGGAGAGAUCCUCCUUUCCUCGGUUCUACUUCGUUGGUGAUGAGGACUUGCUCGAAAUCAUAGGAAACAGCAAGAAUGUAGCUAAGCUGCAGAAACAUUUCAAGAAAAUGUUUGCUGGAGUUUCUAGCAUCAUCCUGAAUGAAGAUAACACUGUUAUUCUGGGGAUCUCAUCACGUGAAGGAGAGGAGGUGCUGUUCAAAACACCUGUGUCUAUCACAGAACAUCCUAAGAUAAAUGAGUGGCUCACACUUGUUGAAAAAGAAAUGAGGGUCACACUUGCAAAGCUGCUGGCUGAGUCUGUUACUGAAGUAGAAAUCUUUGGUAAAGCAACUUCAAUUGAUCCAGUUCUCUAUAUUUCUUGGAUUGACAAAUAUCAGGCCCAGCUUGUUGUCCUGUCAGCCCAAAUUGCAUGGUCAGAGAACGUGGAAUCUGCUCUGAAUGGCAUGGGUGGUGAUGGAGACAGCAGUCCUCUGCACUCUGUGCUGGCUAAUGUUGAGGUCACGCUGAACGUGUUAGCAGACUCUGUGUUGAUGGAACAGCCACCUCUCCGCAGAAGGAAAUUGGAACACUUGAUUACAGAGUUAGUGCACCAAAGAGAUGUUACAAGAUCACUGAUCAAAAGUAAGAUUGACAACUCCAAAUCCUUUGAGUGGCUCAGCCAGAUGCGAUUCUACUUUGACCCAAAACAGACAGAUGUGUUGCAACAGCUGUCCAUUCAGAUGGCAAAUGCCAAAUUCAACUAUGGCUUUGAGUAUCUUGGUGUUCAGGAUAAACUAGUUCAGACUCCUCUUACUGACCGCUGUUACCUGACAAUGACGCAAGCCUUGGAGGCAAGACUUGGAGGCUCACCUUUUG